GUCUAUUAACUCCUCCUCCUCCUCCUCCUCCUCCUCCAGGUUACUGUGUUGUUAACAUAUCUAAUGUAUUGUCUAUUAACUCCUCCUCCUCCUCCUCCUCCUCCUCCUCCUCCAGGUUACUGUGUUGUUAACAUAUCUAAUGUAUUGUCUAUUAACUCCUCCUCCUCCUCCUCCUCCAAGUUACUGUGUUGUUAACAUAUCUAAUAUAUUGUCUAUUAGAGACUGAAAAACAGCUUCUAUCUCAAGGCCAUCAGACUGUUAAACAGCCACCACUAACAUUGAGUGGCUGCUGCCAACACACUGUCAUUGACACUGACCCAACUCCAGCCACUUUAAUAAUGGGAAUUGAUGGGAAAUUAUGUAAAUAUAUCACUAGCCACUUUAAACAAUGCUACCUUAUAUAAUGUUACUUACCCUACAUUAUUCAUCUCAUAUGCAUAUGUAUAUACUGUACUCUAGAUCAUCGACUGCAUUCUUAUGUCACUAGCCACUUUAACUAUGCCACUUUGUUUACUUUGUCUACAUACUCAUCUCAUAUGUAUAUACUGUACUCGAUACCAUCUACUGUAUGCUGCUCUGUACCAUCACUCAUUCAUAUAUCCUUAUGUACAUAUUCCUUAUCCCCUUACACUGUGUAUAAGACAGUAGUUUUGGAAUUGUUAGUUAGAUUACUUGUUGGUUAUCACUGCAUUGUCGGAACUAGAAGCACAAGCAUUUCGCUACACUCGCAUUAACAUCUGCUAACCAUGUGUAAGUGACAAAUAAAAUUUGAUUUGAUUUGAAUUUGAUUUGAUUUAUUAACUCCUCCUCCUCCUCCUCCAAGUUACUGUGUUGUUAACAUAUCUAAUGUAUUGUCUGUUAACUCCUCCUUCUCCUCCUCCUCCUCCUCCUCCAGGUUACUGUGCUGUUAACAUAUCUAAUGUAUUGUCUAUUAACUCCUCCUCCUCCUCCUCCUCCUGCAGGUGACUGUUCUACAGGAGGUAAGGAGCCCAGGAAAGGCAGAGAAUUUCUCCUUUACAGUAGACGAGUCUAUGAGAAACCUGAAUGCUUACAUCACAGGAGGAUCCCUCUCCUUCACUCUCACCAGCCCUUCAGGUGUGUCUCAGAGUAACAGUGAGGCCAGCGGUCCUCUGGGGACCAUCCAGACUGUAGGGAACCUACACCGCGUCUCUCUGACCACACACAACAACACAGGAUUAUGGGAAAUCAGUCUUAACUCCCUAGAGUCUUACUCACUGAAGGUCAUAGGUCAGAGUUCUGUUAAUUUCGGCUACCAUUUCGUGGAGGCUUUCGGCGGUGCUCAUGGAGACUUUGGCCUCAAAGAGGGCCGUCCUCUCACAGGCGAUAACAUAACCCUGCUGGUGUCUGUGACGGGGGGUGACUCUGUCACUGUGACGGCGGUGGCCCUGGUCGAGGCCUUGGGGUCAGGGUCAGAAGUCAACGGAACCCUGCAAUCUCUAGGCAGCGGGGACUUCCUGGUUACCGUGGCCAGAGUCCCACAGGGGGAGGUUGUGGUGCGUCUGAGGGGAGAGAGCAAUAGCGCCACCACCAAAUCAUCACCUAGCCUCUUCCAGAGACAGGCCUCCACUCAGAUAAAGACUUCCAGCAUCUCUGUUACGGUCCAGGCUGACAGUACUCUAGAACCCGGUUCUACCAUCUCUGUCCCCUUCACUGUGGCAAUGGCCAACGGAACAGGAGGAGCUUUUACCGUCCGAGCCACGAACGACCGCGGCUUCACUUCCUCCUUCCCCGCCAGUGUCUCCAUUGUGACCGGAGAGGGAGCGGCCAACGGUACGGUGACUCUCACGGCGCCCGCCAGCACCCCAUCGGGAACGGACGUCACCCUGACCAUCGAGGCAGAGUCCGCUGGAGCAGCAGACUUGAACUACGCCAUCCUGCGUCUCUCUGUUGUCAGCAAGGUGAAAGAUUUCAGCCCUCCCCAGUGUGGGGCUGUCAGCGUCUCGUCCAACUGCCCGGCUGACUGCGGUGCCUCUUACUGGCAGCUCUCUGCCAACCUGACCGACGGUGCCAACGGGACUGGCAUCGACCGAGUCACCCUGCGCCAGGGCAACGGGACCCUGAACACUUCUACAGAGGUGGGCACCGGGGGCGAGAACGUGACCCGGGUUGAGUACAGCGCCACCUGCUGUUCAAAGAAGGUAGAGCUAGUGGUAGUUGACAGGGCAGGCAACGUGGGUGUGUGUCUGGGCUCAGUAAAGGACUCUGUGGGGUUGGUUGUGAGCUCUACAGCACAGGCCUCUGUCACCAACACUACAGCUGUACCUGUAGUUAGUACUACAUCUACUGGAGGGCCACCUUUGACUCUGUCCCUGUAUCUAAGGAUCUGUGUGAUGCUUUCUCUUCUCCUGUGGAAUAGAGUAGAGCUAUAGAGUUGUAUAAUAGUUCAUGUAGGUAGAUGUCAUGUGGAACAGUGGAAUCAUUGCAAAGAGAGUCAAGUCAUCAGACAUAACCGGUAUGUAUAUGUUAUGUUGUACAAAAAGACAGGGUGGAAAUAUGUAAUGAACUCUGCAAUAAUACACUGUGGGAACUCUGUCAUAAUACACUGUGGGAACUCUGUCAUAAUACACUGUGGGAACUCUGUCAUAAUACACUGUGGGAACUCUGUCAUAAUACACUGUGGGAACUCUGUCAUAAUACACUGUGGGAACUUUGUCAUAAUACACUAUGGGAACUCUGUCAUAAUACACUGUGGCAACUCUGUCAUAAUACACUGUGGGAACUCUGUCAUAAUACACUGUGGGAACCCUGUCAUAAUACACUGUGGAAACCCUGUCAUAAUACACUGUGGGAACUGUCAUAAUACACUGUGGGAACUCUGUCAUAAUACACUGUGGGAACUCUGGCAUAAUACACCGUGGGAACUCUGGCAUAAUACACCGUGGGAACUCUGUCAUAAUACACUGUGGGAACUGUCAUAAUACACUGUGGGAACUCUGUCAUAAUACACGGUGGGAACUCUGUCAUAAUACACUGUGGAAACCCUGUCAUAAUACACUGUGGGAACUGUCAUAAUACAUGGUGGGAACUCUGUCAUAAUACACUGUGGGAACUCUGUCAUAAUACACUGUGGGAACUCUGUCAUAAUACACUGUGGGAACUCUGUCAUAAUACACUGUGGGAGCUCUGUCAUAAUACACUGUGGGAACUCUGUCAUAAUACACUGUGGGAACUGUCAUAAUACACUGUGGAAAUGUUUUGUUA